GGGGGAGUGCAAACGAGAGGAGGGCGAAGGAAGCGAGGCGCGACACUGCUCCGGUAGAGGAGGGCAGUGCGGAGCGAGGCGCAGGCAGAGGCAGCUCCGGCUGCCGAGAGGCGGGAGCGCGGCGCAGAGAGGAGGGGCUUGUGGCCCGGUAGAAAUGUCAAUCAGAGCCCGGAGCCCCGGGAAUCUCCGCCAAUCUGUUCGGACCUGACCUGGCUCCUCGCUGCCGCCGCCGCCGCCGCCGCGGAGCAGAUCAAUAGGCGAGCGCGGAGCGCAGCGCAGCGCGGGAGGCAGCGCGGCCCCGGCCCGGCCCAGCCCCCGAUGCGCGCCGGAGCCCGCGGGCGGCGCUGAGCAGGGCGGCCUCGGGGGCCGGGACCCUCUCCGUCGGUGCCCCGCGGGCCACCAUGUCCUUCCCCCAGCUCGGAUACCAGUACAUCCGCCCGCUCUACCCGUCCGAGCGCCCAGGGGCCGCCACCGGCGGCGGCAGUGCAGGGGCCCGCGGCGGCCCGGGCGCCGGAGGCUCAGAGCUGACCGCCUCGGGGUCCCUGUCCAACGUGCUCUCGUCCGUGUACGGUGCGCCCUACGCCGCGGCAGCAGCGGCGGCCGCCGCCGCCCAAGGCUACGGCGCCUUUCUGCCCUACGCCGCGGAGCUGCCCAUCUUCCCGCAGCUGGGCGCGCAGUAUGAGCUGAAGGACAGCCCCGGGGUGCAGCAUCCGGCCGCGGCUGCCGCGUUUCCGCACCCGCACCCCGCCUUCUACCCGUAUGGCCAGUACCAGUUUGGAGACCCGUCCCGUCCCAAGAACGCCACCCGGGAGAGCACAAGCACUCUCAAGGCCUGGCUCAAUGAGCACCGCAAGAACCCCUACCCCACCAAGGGCGAGAAGAUCAUGCUGGCCAUCAUCACCAAGAUGACCCUCACCCAGGUGUCCACCUGGUUCGCCAACGCGCGCCGGCGCCUCAAGAAGGAGAACAAGAUGACGUGGGCGCCCCGCAGCCGCACCGACGAGGAGGGCAACGCUUACGGGAGCGAGCGCGAGGAGGAGGACGAGGAGGAGGAUGAAGACGACGGCAAACGAGAGCUGGAGUUGGAAGAGGAGGAGCUCGGGGGGGAGGAGGAGGACCCGGGGGGCGAGGGCCUGGCGGACGACGACGAGGAGGAGGAGAUUGAUUUGGAGAACUUAGACGGCGCGGCCGCGGGGUCUGAACUGGCCCUGGCUGGGGCGGCUCGCAGGAACGGCGAUCUCGUCCUGGGGCCCAUUUCGGACUCCAAGAAUAGCGACUCGGACGACAGCUCCGAGGGUUUAGAGGAGCGGUCACUGCCGGUCCUGAGUCUGGCCCCAGCGCCACCACCGGUGGCCGCGGCGCCGACAUCUCCGCCCUCGCCCCCCGCCGGCCUGGACCCCUGCGCUCCAGCGCCAGCGGCCGCCUCCUCCCUGCAGAAGCCUAAGAUUUGGUCCCUGGCAGAGACUGCCACAAGCCCGGACAACCCGCGCCGCUCGCCCCCCGGCGCGGGCGGUUCUCCUCCCGGGGCUACUGUCGCGCCCCCAGCCCUGCAGCUCUCUCCGGCCGCCGCCGCCGCCGCCGCGGCUCACAGACUUGUCUCGGCCCCGCUGGGCAAGUUCCCCGCUUGGACCAACCGGUCGUUCCCAGGCCCGCCGCCCGGCCCACGGCCGCACCCGCUCUCCCUGCUCGGCUCGGCCCCUCCGCACCUGCUGGGACUACCCGGAGCCGCGGGCCAUCCGGCCGCCGCCGCCGCUGCUGCCUUCGCUCGGCCGGCGGAGCCCGAGGGUGGAACAGAUCGCUGUAGUGCCUUGGAAGUGGAGAAAAAGUUACUCAAGACGGCUUUCCAGCCCGUGCCCAGGCGGCCCCAGAACCACCUGGACGCCGCUCUGGUGUUAUCGGCUCUCUCCUCAUCCUAGUUCUUUUUAAAUUUUUUUAAAAUUGUUGUAAUAACUGUAAAAAAAAAAUCGCUCUGUAUAGUUACAACUUGUAAGCAUGUCCGAAUAUGAAUACCUAAAAAAGAAAACUAAACGAAAAGAAA